AUGGCAAAGGUGACUGCCCAUUGGCCCCUGGCCAGCCUCUUUGCCCAGGGCGGUGCGAUCAUCUGGCAGUGUGAGCAGGGCUCCACAGAGGUGAUUGUUUACAGCUUCACAGCUUCCUCCCUCAAAGAGGCAAUAGUGGCAGCAAUCGUUGGGCAGGCAGCCUAUGGGAUCGCCAGCUGGCAGCAGUUUGGGAGCACCUUUGAGAACUUCUCCAUUAACGACGGGUGUGCCAGCUGGGCCGAGUUUUGGGCCAUCUCAAUACCGUUUCAAGAUCCAUUCAGCGAGGACCUGCCCCAACUGGAGGGAGCACCUGAUGCAGUGGUCCAGCUGAACACCGACGGCAACGACUUUUUUAACCUCGGUCAGGCGGGCAGCACCUUCUACUUGGUGCAUUACGGCACUUCCUGA